GUUUGUUUAUUCAUGGAAAGGCUGGUGUACAGUGUGUGCGCAAAGGAUUGUGGGCUCGGCGCGUAUGUUUCCAUCAUGGCGGCGUCAAUUUCGGGAUACACUUUUAGUUCUGUGUGUUAUCACAGUGCCAACACCAAUUCCGAUCAUGAGGGCUUCCUGUUGGGAGAAGUGAGACAGGAGGAGACUUUAAGCAUCAGUGACUCACACAUCGGUAGUUCAGAAUUCGUCAGUGUAAUAGAGGUCCAUAAUCAUGAACCUUGUGCACAACUGUUUAGCUUUUAUGACUAUGCGGGUAACGUCAAUGAAGAAAAUCUCAACAGAAUCCUCAAGGACAGAAGAAAAAAUGUUAUCGGCUGGUACCGGUUUAGAAGGAACACUCAACAGCAGAUGUCAUUCAGGGAGCAGGUGAUCCACAAGCAGUUGACCAAUAUACUUGGCAUCCCAGAUUUGGUCUUCCUCCUGUUCAGCUUCAUCUCCACAGCCAAUAGUUCCACACAUGCUUUGGAGUAUGUGCUCUUCAGGCCCAACAGAAAUAGCUAUAAUCAGAGGAUAUCUCUAAGCAUCCCAAACCUGGGCAACACCAGUCAACAGGAAUAUAAAGUCUCCUCUGUGCCGAACACCUCCAAGAACUACGCCGGGGUCAUCAAAGAACAUGGGAAUGAGUUUUUUGAUAAGGAUGGGGUGAUGAAGGACAUUCGAGCUAUUUUUCAAGUAUACAGUGCCCUUCAACAAAGAGUGCAGGCGGUGUGUUGUGAAGUAGAUCAAAGUGAACGAGUGAGGGAGAAAAUCCAAGAAGAAGUGAACAAACUCAAAGAGGAAAUCGCUCUCAGGAAACGGAACCGCGCUGAGGAAGAGAGAAGACUCCAGGAGGCAGCCGCUGUCCCGCUUCCUGAUAACUCUGCCCUUCCUGACUCCUCACAGUCUUCACCGACUCAAGUCGUGCUCUCAGGUCCCUCGGUGGAGCCCAGUGUAGAGAGACCCGUGAACUCCUCAUCUCCACCAAUCUACAGCACCACACUGCCUCCAGAUUCACCAAGCGCUAUACUGCUACCGCGGCCCCAAGCCGUAGGUUCGCCCGGACACCCGUCUCCCAGUCUGGGCCUGGGCAACGGAGACGGUUCGAGCUCAGAUUCCCUGAACCGCCAGGCCACCGGCCAGGAGGACGGCGACGACGAGGACAGUAGCGAGUACGAAAAUUUAGUUAGCGAGCAAUUGCAACCACCCUCCUUAACAGAAACUGUUACAUUAGGACGACCGGCUACACUGUGGCCCGACGGAGAUGCCCACAGCCCCCCAGGCUCCUAAUAGUCAAACAAACCAACGGGGAUACGGAUGAACGAACAGAACUAGGUGUGAUCGUGAGGUCAUGGUGUUCGGAACACAAACAAACACUUGCCUUUUGUGAGUUUUGACAAUGCUGUCCUGUUGCACACAUUUAACAGCUCUGUGCAGGACAGCGGAAUGGAAUGAUAUCCCCAUCUGGAUCCACACGCCCCCCUUUCUCCGUUUCAUGCUCUCCUCUCUGGUUUGGUGUGGGUGGAGAGGUGCAUUCUGCUUAUCUCGGUGUCUGCCACUCACUGGAGUCGUUCGGUUCUUGCACCAUUUACCUCUUGCACUGUUUUGCCUUCUUUUGAUCUGCAUUUGUAAAAGCAAAGGGAAUGAUGUCUUUCUUUUUUGUUGCAGCCUUCAGACACAUCUCUGUGCGAGCUUAUUCUAUCUUCAUUGUCUUGCUUCAUAAAUCUGAAUGGACAGAAAAAAAUCAGUUAUAUUAAGUGCUUAGGACUACAGCUGACAAUGUAGAAAAAUGUAUUUUAUUUUUGGUUUUAUCAGUUAUAUUUGAUUUGAUUGAGUAAUAUAAUGGCCUAUUCAUAAAAAUUGUUUGGGUCAACGAUUAUAAAAGUAACUUUGAUAAGGGGUGCUUGUAUUUUCUAUGACAUACUAGAUCACUACUAAUUUUAUUGGCUUGAACACAUUUUUUCCUAAUGAAUGAAUCAAAUUUGAUAUUUCUUUAUGCUGAACCUCAAACUUUCACCAUUGAGCUUUAAUUGAAUCUUCCGGUCGUACGGUUUGACGGAGCCAUCAGAAACUGGAAGGGUCCGAAUGCAGCAUCAUCGAUCUCAGGAUUCUUUUACAGUUCCAGGACUGCGGUUUUCUCACAUCAUCUUGUCCACAUGCCUUUGUUCUUUAGUUGAGAAGACAUGAUUGCUCAAAGCAAUGCAGCGGUGAAUCAGUUUAGAGUUCUGUGAUCACGUGAAAUAAAGAUUUCAGCCAUAUGCAGCAGAUCUUUAAAGGUAGAAGCAGUUUUGUCAUCUGUUAGUGGAUGUUUUGCUACAUCUGAUCAAACCAAAAUGACGUUUUCCCUCAAAA